UUUUUUUUUUCAAGCUUCUCUUUCUUUUUUUUCUUCUUCAAAAUGGCUCGCUCAGCUCUUGUGCUUGCGGUUCUCGCCACCCUUAUCGCCACCGCCAUGGCGGCCCCCGUUCGCUCCGUCGAGGAGAACAACAACAACGAGCGUCGCGGUCUGUUCGUCGGCAACGUCGCCAUCGCCUUCUUCGGCGACGCCAACAACGUCGCUGGUGACUACAGCGCCCUCCUCGCCGGUGUCAAGCUCGCCAUUACUGGCCGCAACACCAUCAAGACUUUUGCCGCCCCCGCUGACGCUGCCGCUGUUGCUGCCGGCGUGACUGCCACCAAGAACGCUGUCAACUUUGGCCUCGGCGUUUUCUCGUCUGUCAAGGUUUUCGUUGUUGCUCACUCGAGCGCUGGCCCCGCCGUCGAGGCCUACCUUGCUGCCGCCGACGCCUCGGUUGUCGGUGCCAUCUUCCUCGGCUACCUGCCCACUGCCACCUCGUUCGCUGUCCCCUCGCAGAUCAUUGCCGGCCAGUUUGACGGUGUCUCGACUGCCGACCGUGUUGCCUACCGCUACACCGACCGCGCUGAGGACUCGAACGUUGCCAUUGCCAUCAUUGAGGGCGCCACCAACGCUCACUUUGCCAGCGGCGUCCGCAAGUACGCCCAGGACAUCAACCGCCCCGCUGCCUUCGACGUUGCUGCCUCGCGCGUCCGCAUCACCCUUGCCAUCUCUGCCUGGAUUAACGCUGCCACCACCUCGGGCACCCUCUUUGCCCUGACUGGCAUUCUCGCCGACGCUCGUCUCCGCGACCUCGACGCCAAGGCUGCCGCCUUCUCUGCCCCGUGGGCUGAGGCUCGCCGCCAGGACUUGUACGAGUCUUGCAACCAGUUCCAGGCCAUGUUCAUCAACGCCAACGAGGAGACUGCUGCCACCUACACCAUGCACAACUGGAUUGCCCCCAACGGCAACGCCUUCACCCAGUCCAAGUCGUACAUCUGGCCCAGCAACCGCACCAUUGCCGUCCCCACCUGGAUCUGGACUGCCGAUGCCUACAUCGACCCCGCCUACAAGAACUUCUCGCCCGACGCUCUUGCUUGCAAGGGCAAGACCCGCGCCCAGGUUGCCUCCAUCCUCUUCCCCGGCGUUGCCACCUCGACCCUCUUUGGCGCCCAGCUCGAUGGCCGCGACGUCCACCAGGCUCAGUUCUCGUCCGCUUUUGCUCUUGCUGACGCCGAUGCCCAGGAGCGCUUCAUUGCCUCUGGCAAGACCCUCGAGUACGUUGCCGACAACCGUGCUCCCACCAACGGCCCCACCUACCUUUCGGACAACGGCCCCUACCUCUUCCGUGCCGACGCUGCUGCCAACCCCAACGCUUUCUCUGCCCGCAUGACCGUCUUCCAGUCGGCCGAUGCCUGCUCUCCUUUCACUCCCCCGCAAUUCUGCGGCCCUGACUUCCUCUCCUCCCUGUACAACAAGAGCGUCGGUGUCCGCACCUUCCUCAAGUUUAUUACCAUCACUGCCCUGCAAGAUUAAGCUUCUUGUCUCGGUUGUUUUGUUGGUAUUGAAUUUUGCUCUUUCGUUUUUGUCAGUCAUGCCAACACUGGUGUGACGGCUGUUUUGUCUUUUUUUCGUUUUGUUUUCCUUGUUGCCUUUUUGUCGUUGUUUUCUUGGGUCCCUUUGGUCUCUGUUGUCGAGGCAGUGCUGCUCAUUGACUGAGCACACCAACAGCACUUGCCUUACAAUGGGUCCAAGGUGGUUUCAAGGAGCGCGAUGAAGGAUGCAGGCGAAAACAAAGCAAAAGGACGAAAUGGCUUUUGACGGUGUGAAUGCUUUUUUACUUUAAUGGUCGCUUUUGCUAUGUUUGCCGUUUUGUACAUGUAUUGGCUCUCUAAUUCGGUCGUCAUUUUGACAAUGGCUUCCUUCAAAAUUAAGAAUUUAGCAAAGCGUUGAAAA